GAAACCAUGCCCCAUGACACUGGUCUUCGGUUGCCGACAAUCCAAGAUCGAUCACAUUUACAAAGAAGAGACUCUACUGGCCAAGAGCAGCGGGAUCUUCAAAGAGCUGUUCACAGCCUAUUCUCGUGAACCAGAAAAACCAAAGAAAUAUGUGCAGGACAUCCUGCAGGAGCAACUGGCGAGCUCAGUCUACAAAGCACUGAAGGAGAAAGGUGGCCAUGUCUAUGUGUGCGGGGAUGUCACCAUGGCUGGAGAUGUCCUCAAGACCAUCCAAAGCAUCGUUCGGCAACAGGGGAAGCUGUCAGCCGAGGAAGGAAUUGCGUUCAUUAGCAAACUGAGGGAUGACAACCGAUACCACGAAGAUAUCUUUGGGGUCACUCUACGCACAUACGAAGUGACCAAUC